CCGUUAGUUGUCCGGUUGUUGAUUCGAUCGCCACAUGGUGACGAAUGGUAACAAAGCAUGGAAACGAAAUCUCGUCAAAAACCGACUGCUCAAAGGACAACGAAAGAAGCGACACAAAUGGAGGAUCCAAGUAUCAGGUUAGAUGGUAUCGUGAAACAAUGCACGAAAUCAACUGAUCAUGCUAAACUGGUGGGGGAGAAAGGCGAAGCGGCCUUGCUUACCAGUUUUAAUGUCUUGAAACGCCUAAAGGACGAUGGCUGCGACUUGAUCGGAAGUGUUGAAUCGAGUUCGGCGGUUCGAAUCGGACGUCGAUCGAGUCAGCGACGAGCUACUGAGACGGAAUGUACGGCAUUGUCGGAAGCCUGUUCAAGUCAUGUGGAUACAGUCAACGUCAAAUUGCAGGCCACUUGGACUGAAGCUUUCAAAAACACGGCUCCUCAUCAACUGACAGCCGAUAUCAACGAAAUUCAAGGAAUGAGUGAUGACAUAUUACAAACCCAACAAGUACUAAUUGACCGCCUACGGGAAGAAGUGAACCAGGCCGAUAAGACUAUCCAACUGGAGAUUGAACGUCAGACGGAAGAUCUCAGUGUCAUGCGGAAAAGGAUGAAGGAUCAUUUGGAUUCAACUCGAGCCACCCAGCGCUGCCAACUAGGAGAAAUCGAUUUGGCGUUCGGAAAGGAUUACGAAUUUUUGCUGGAAGACCACACUAACCUUAUAGACCAAAUGCUGGCUGAUUGGUCAGCCUCCGAGAAUCAAAUCAUUCGAGAACUGAACGAACUUGGGAGCCAGUGGAUGGACGAUUUGUAUCAGACAGACGUUUACUACUACAACGAAUGUACCCAGAUCCGCAAUUCACUCACAUCCGACAUUCAACUGAUUGAGCAAGAGCUGGAAAAACUCAAAGUCGAUUUUGCUCUCAACAACGAAGUGUUGGAUUACAACUGCCGUGUGCUCAAGCUGAGGGAAGAAGAGCGUGCAGGAGUUAUCGUUCAGCACAAACGCAAAAUCAACCGAUUGACUGAUCGUUAUCGGCAACUGAAGGAGGAGAGCAACAAGGCCGGCCAGAUACGCAGAGAAGAGGAACUCAAAUUGAUCAAAGAAAUUGAGCAUUUACGUAAAGAUUGCGAAUCGAUGGAGUGCAAGUUUUCCACCAUCAAAGGCGCCAAUGAUCAUCAACUCGAAUCUGUUUGUGAAAUGGCCGAAGACAGAAUCAGCGAACUUCUCAAAAAGCUGGCCAGCAUAGACGAACGUAUUUUUGUCGAGAUUCUGGAACAACCUUGGGACAAUCUUGUGGGUGUGUCACGUCAUAUUCAACCGAAAGCAUCCGCUUUGGAUUCCAAACAACUGGAACAAGUGGUAGUCCGUCUUGAGAAGAAUCUCCGGUUCUUGACGGAUACAAUUUCGGAAGUGGACAGCCCCAAAGAGCGGCUAAUGAAAGCAUUAGAUAUUCCAGACGAACACGAAUUUCAUGUCCUGUUGACUGACAUGCAUUCAGUGCCCGAUUCUGACAUCUUAAAAGAAUUGGCUUGUUACAUCCAACAGCAGCGAUCACGACCAGCUGAUCAACCAGUAACAACAAGGCGUUACUUGGCUGACGCUGCAACUAUCCGGAAUCAUUUCGAACUGUUCAAGGAGACGGCCGUACCUAAAAAGCGUCUCGACAUGUGGAAAAUGUUGGCCCGCGCUCUCGUCCAGUACGAACGCAUCCUUCGCGGUAAGCAAACCAAAAUUAAGAAAGUUUGAAAUUCUUUUAACGUUUUAUUCAAUUUGAUCCCUUUUUGUAUUGUUGGUUGUGCAUGUAAUUAUAUAACAGAUCGAUUGACGCUGGCAGCGGAUGUCCUAGCAUUGACCACACAAUCUACUGCACUUGAUUAGC